AUGAUUAACGAAACCGUCAAACCCCUCAAGCAGGUGCUGGCGUCGCCCAUAGCAUCGCGCUCCGCGUCUCCGCCCCCCGCACUGCCCCAUCGUCUCGUCCAGUCCUGCAAAGACGAGGACACACUCUACCGCUGCACAUCGGUCGACUCGCUCGACUCUCUACAGCACUCAUUUCGCUCGCCCUCCACCAGCGCAGAUGGCUCCCGGAAGUACAUCUCCGAGGACGAGUCCUCCUACGGCGACGUCGCCGCCGUCGCGCACAGCCCGCGCGCCUCGCCCGCGGCCUGGACCUGCUGCACGCGCCAGCUGCGGCCGCGCACGCGCUUCACGGGCUUCCAGAUCUCUGACUACAAGAAGUACCAGGUCAGCGUUACCCUGAAGACCGUCGACCUGCCAGCCUCUUCCUUCUGCACCGCCUCCACGCCCCACGUCACCGGUUUUCUGUCCAUCUGCGGUCUGACCGCGCAGCACCCGGAAAUAACCACCUUCUUCGAGGGCUACGCGGUCACAGACAACAUCGGCUUCUUGUCGAGCGCGAUGCCCUCGGAGCUCGACGCCCUGAAGGCCAAUGAUCGCACGGACCUCGACCACUGGCUCAGCUUUCCGUGCUUCAAGGAGCUCUGCAGUCCGCAGGACUCGGCUGCGGAGGACGCUGCCAAGCCUGCUGCAUCUGCAGAAGACUCAAAGCCCGACACCCUCGGCGCCAUCGUGCAGGGCUCCUACUCGCACACGGACUUCAUGCAAAACCGCUUUAUCUACAUGCGCUGGAAGGAGAAGUUUCUAGUCCCUGACGCCGAUGUGGACUCCGUCGAGGGCGCAUCCUACGACGGUUACUACUACAUCGUGCACGACCAGCUCACAGGCCACAUCGUGGGAUUUUACUAUCAUAAAGACGCUGAGAAGUUCCAGCAACUGGAGCUGACUCCAGUCACAGACGAGUGCUCUGGCAGCUGCGAUUUCGAGUUCAACUGA